GCUCGUCCGUGCGGCUGCCUUGGAUACCAAGGACGCGACUUGCUCCGAGAGUGUGGAGUUUCGGAGUGAGACGCCCCAGGAACUAAAACCCACACAGAAAAAUAAGAGACUAAAAAAGCAUCGGGAUCAAGGGAAAGGAACUGUGAAAAAUGGAAGACAAUAGCACUGACACAGAAGAAGAGAAUGAAGAUGAGGAGGAGGAAGCAGCAGCCACAGAAACAGAAAAGGAGGAGACUAGAGAGGUCAAGGAGGACCACCCCUCUGCCAUAGUGCCCACGAUUCACAUCCGAGAGGAGCGCCUUGUGGAUUUAGCUGAAACGCCAGCUUUCCGCUGUCUGAAUGAGUUACAUUCUAUGGGAAAACUUCCUGGGACCAGAAUGGCAGAGUUGAAAGCCAAGUACACCUUGCUCCAUGACAUGGUGGUGAGCACGCAAGAGUCGGAGCUGCAGCUGCUGCAGAAUGCCAAGCUCUUCACAGAGCAGAUCCAGCAGCAGCUUGUCCGCUUGCAGCAGGCCGAUGACUUCCCCAACGUCUUCUCCACUGAGGUCUGCAAACUGAGGGAGCAACUGCUCAAGUACCAAAAUGAGUACAACGCAGUCCAAGAGAGGGAGUACCACAAUCAGUACAGGCUGAACAGCUUAACAGAAGAACGGAGUCUCAUAUUAAAGGAAUUUGAGAAGAUACCCAAGCCAGGAGAAAUGGAGAAGAAGAUGAGAAUCCUGAAAGAAAGCACUGACGAGCUACGCAAGGAGGUACUACAGAAGAGACUGGAGAUCAAAAGCCUCCGGGAAGACGUGGCGUCCAAGCAGAAGCAGCUGGUAAAGGAGCAGAAGGAGCUGGAAGAGCUACGGGAGUGCCAGGUUGGCCUGAAGGAUGAUGUGGUCCACCAUCAGACUAUUCCUGUACAAAUUUCAAAGGAUAUAGAAAAAAUGACACGCAAAAAAAUAGAGAUGGAAAAGAAGAAUAUUGUCUUGGAACAUGAAGUCAAAGAGCUAAACGAGUCUCUGAAAAAGCUUGAGAACAAAGUCAAUGCAGUGGUGGAGGAGAAGGACGACGUGAUGAAGGAGGUGGAGGGCAAACGCGCCCUUCUGGAAGUGAAAGAACGCGAGCACAGCCAGCUGCUUAAGCUGCUGGAGCUAACCAAAGAGAGCGAAGCUUCCUCCCUGGCUGAGAGAGGGAUCUUGGAUCUCAAUCUCCGAAACUGUCUCAUUGACAAGCAGAACUAUCAUGAUGAACUUUCUCGUAAGCAAAGGGAGAAAGAGCGAGACUUUCGCACCCUGAAGAAGACAGAGCUGCUCCUGAAGGUGUCCCUGGAUGCGCUCACUCAGACACAAGCGCUGAACCAAAGACUGCUACUCGAGAUGGAAGCUAUCCCUAAAGAUGACCUUCUGUUGCCUGAAAGAAGAAGAGACCUCCACAAGGAAGUGGAAUUAGCUAAGAGGAAUCUGGCUCAGCAGAAAAUCCUGUCAGAAGCGGAGGCCAGGCUAGUGGAGCAGCAGAUUGCAGAAGAAAACAAACUUCUAAAGGAGCAGGAGACGAUGCGAGACCUGGUGUUCAACCUGGGGCGAAUGACGCAGAUCAAAAUUGAUGAACGGGAACAGAAGUCUAAGGAUUUCAUGAAAGCCCAGCAGAAACAUAGCAAUGUCAUUAAGGAAAUCAAAGCUAAGGACCUUGAAAUCAGACUGUACAAGAAGAAAAAGCAUGAAAUUCACCGGAGACUCAAAGAAUUCGCCCAACUGUAUGACACCAUUAGAAAUGAAAGAAACAAGUUUGUUAACCUCCUUCACAAAGCUCAUCAGAAAGUGAAUGAAAUAAGAGAAAGGCACAAAAUGUCGCUAAAUGAACUGGAGAUUUUAAGAAACAGCGCUGUCUCUCAGGAAAGAAAGCUGCAAAACUCCAUGCUGAAGCAUUCCAACAACGUGACCAUCAGGGAGAGCAUGCAGAACGACGUGUGCAAGGUCACCACGAAGCUCCAGGACAUGAAGGAGAAGAAGGAGGCCCAGCUGAGCAGCAUGGACAGGCUGGCCAGCAUGAUCUCCAUGAUCGAGGAGGAGAUGGUCCAGCUGCGCAAGAAGUACGAGAAGGCCGUUCAGCGGAGAAACGAGAGCGGUGUCCAGCUGAUAGAGCGAGAGGAAGAAGUGUGCAUUUUUUAUGAAAAAAUAAAUAUCCAAGAGAAGUUGAAACUCCAUGGGGAUGUUGAAAUCCAUGUCCUGGAUGAAAAACUCCGAUUCCUGAGACUGAAGAUUGCCGAGAAGCAGAGGCAAAUUUCUGUGACACAGAAAAUACUGCCGACCAAGAGGGCCCUUGAUGCGGACCUGGCCGUGCUGCAGAUCCAGUUUUCCCAGUGCACAGACAGAAUAAAAGACCUGGAGAAACGGUUUGUAGAUCCCGACAGUAAGGGCCGAGUCCGCUUCAUUCUGGGGAAAGAUCUGACGGAAAAAGAAAUGGUCAAGAAACUGGAUAUGCUGGAACUUCAGCUGGCCAAGAAGGAGGAGAAGUUACUGGAGAAGGAUUUCAUCUACGAGCAGGUGUCUCAGCUCACAAACAAGCUCAGAGGCAAAACCCAGGCUUGCAAGGAGGACACGCUGCUCUUAGCCAAGAAGAUGAAUGGCUACCAGAAAAGGAUCAAAGAUGCUACUGAGAAAAUGAUGGCUCUCAUUGCUGAACUGUCCAUGAAACAAGCCCUGACCAUUGCACUCCAAAAGGAGAUGAGGGAGAAGGAACAAUUCAUCUUCUCCUGCAGUUCCAGGAUAGAAAAGGGCCUACCACUCAACAGAGAAAUCGAGAAGGACUGGCUGAAGGUACUUCGAGAUGAAGAAAUGUAUGCCUUUGCCACAGCUGAGAAGUCUCGGGAGUACAUGGAAACAGACUAUCGGCAGCUGCCCAAUGGCGUUUACACAACUGCAGAGCAGCGUCCAAAUGCCUACAUGCCUGAAGUAGAAACUGCGCUUCCUCUGCCCAAACCCUAUGGUGCACUGGCUCCAUUUAAACCCUCUGAAAUUGGAGCCAAUAGGAGGCACAUAAGGAAACCUGUUGUAAAGCCCAUUGAAAUCUAAACUUGUGAGGCAAUCCAGCCCAGCUUCACAGCUGCAGUGGAGAAUGAGCACCAUGGCUCUAACUCUGCCAUCAGUUAGGGACAGUCAACAGCAGAGGGGGCAUGGUCUCCUUUGACAUUCAGCAUGAAUGCAGCAUAGACUACAACUAUGUCAAAGUGUACUUCCAUUACUUAUAUUGACCACAUUCAGGAAUGUAUAGUGGACACGAUGCUGUAAAGGUGCAGAAUAAAUUCAAUGAGUUACGGAAA